GACGCAAAUAUUGUCGGCCAUAUUGUAAAACUUCAACUUCGUCAAAGCAUCGCGAGUUUUUGGCCUGAAAUCUCUCGUCCAGGAUGUUCUCUACUAAAUGCUUAUCACCUGGCUUUUCAAGAUUUUUAUCUGCCACCACUACCCAUGUUGCACAGUCGUUGAAAGGUACUCCCGCUGUCGUGAUUCCUGUGGCUGAUACGGUAGUACAGAGUCCGCCGGCUACUCUCACAAAUCACUCGUUAGCGAAAAUUGUGCCGACUGGGAAUCUUGUUGCCACGACGAAACAUUUUGGCAAAACACAAGUGCGAUUCAGCCACACAGAUGUUUCCAUGCCUGACUUCAGUGCUUACAGAAGAGAAGUGUCACAGGAUCCUAACAAGCCUAACACAUCUGAAAUCAGUCGGAGAGCAUUUACUUAUCUCAUGGUCGCUGGCAUGGGUGUUACCGGUUUACAUGCUGGCAAGAAUGUUGUGCUUGACUUCGUGUCUACCAUGAGUGCAUCAGCAGAUGUCCUGGCUUUGGCAAAAAUUGAAGUGGAUCUUACAACCAUUCCUGAAGGAAAGAAUAUGGUGUUCAAGUGGCGUGGAAAGCCUUUGUUUGUGCGCCACCGCAGUGCUGAAGAAGUUGAUGAUGUCCGCAAUGUUGAUAUGUCCAGUCUACGUGACCCUCAGGAGGAUGUUGACCGUGUGGUAAAGGAUGACUGGCUGGUAGUAAUUGGUGUAUGCACCCAUCUUGGUUGUGUGCCGCUUGCCAAUUCUGGAGAGUUCGGAGGUUACUACUGCCCUUGUCAUGGAUCACACUACGAUGUUUCAGGAAGAAUCAGAAAGGGACCUGCACCCUUAAAUCUUGAGGUUCCUGAGUACACGUUCCUUGACGAGAACACAAUGGUGGUCGGAUAAACACCACAGCAUUGCAAAGAAAAUUUUACCAGUUGAGUUUUUUUAAAGAGGACAACAAUAUUGUACAGUGGAUGUGAUCAGCUUUGAUGGAGGAAUCCAAUGCUUCAGAGACAAAUAAGGCUGUUGUAAAUUAACACUUUCGCUUUACAAGGACCCUGCUUUGAAUCGAGUGACAGGCAAGAUAGAUUAUUAUCAGCAAGUUUCACUAGAUUUGUCUUGAGGAUAAAGUGUAUCAUUUUGAAUAAACAAGGUCUGUGUCUGUAAACGAA